AUGGGUUUUACAGCUUACCUAAAGACGAUCCUCAGCGAUUUGUUGUGCGGUCCGGAACCCAACAAAAGCCAACAUGCUCAAAGACACGUUGAAGCCAACCAACAGAGUAUUCAUCUUUGGCCCGUCUCAGCACCGGCUGCCUCAUUGCCUCCUCCGAACCUCAAGCCCCGCCUUCCCCACUUGCAUAACCCUAUGCUUCCCUUCUCGGUGUCAGCAUUCGCCCCUCAGUCCCAGGGUUCUCCUACAAACGGUCUCGUCCAGGCUCAGCAGACACAAACCAAACCCCUCGCACAGCAACAACAACAACAACAACAACAACCACCACCACACGGAAGCGAGCAGCAGGAAACCGACUUCCUAACCCUCCUCACCCUCCUCGAAAAGGCUCUUCGGCACACUCACUACGCCGUCUGCGGCCGCGCCGCUCUUUACGUGUGGGGGUACCGCCAUCCGUCCUCCGACGCCCCUCCGGAACAGGUUAGCAUCGUCUGUCCCGAAGGUGACCAAGCCAUCAUUCUCUCGUGGGCAAAAGCGCAGGGAUGGACGUCGAAUGCCGUUUCCAAUGCCAAGGGGUGUUGUUCUCUUGAGGUUCUUAUUCCUGAGCGGGAUGGAAAGUAUGGAAGGAAGGCGAGAACAGUGGUGGUCAAGACUGCGGAGCGGAUGGGUGGAUUGGGUGGAACGAUGCUGGGAAUGCCAGUGGCCGUUGUCAAAGGCACGUGGGCUGAAGCAGAAAAGAAGGUGCUCAAGACGCAAGCGGCUGUGGUUACCCUCCCUGCGCUGUUGGAGAUGUUGAUGGAGGAGUUCGUAACUGCUGUCACUCACACUCACACGCACACUCACACUCACCAGCAGGAGCAGCAGCACACCCACCAAGUGGAGGAACUAGCGAACACUAUCCUUUGGGUUUUGUCCCGACUCGUGGAACGAGGCGAGAGACUCUACCAGGAUCAAGUUCCAGAAAAGUUUCUGACGCCCUUCCUGGCCGGAUGGCCCGAAGCUCAUGCCCUCUUGCAGAAGUUGGGCGUGUUACCGAUGUUUGAAGCUUUCGAUCGAGAUGGAGAUAGAGAUGAUGAACUUCACCAGAGGCCAGGCCUGCCACUGGACACCGUCACUUUGGCUGCUUUGGAAGAAGGUCUUCAAGCCCCGGUGCCGCCGGUGCUGCUACCGGUAAGAAUGGCAAGUCCCGCUUUUUCGUGUGCAUCAGCCAGUUCAGAGGAUACCAUUGCGAUGAUCGACGAUGAGAUAGUGAGUUGGAUGAAGUUGUCCUUGGAGCAGCAGUCUGUAGAGACAGGUUCUUCUCUGGGUUCUGGGGUUGAUAGUGCUGUUGAGUCAAGUGGGAUGUGGACCCCAGCUGGUUCUUGUUCGACUGUGGCUUCUUCGAUUGCUUCUGUUCCUGCUCUUUCUUUUUCUGCUUAUUCUUGUUCAUCAAAAAAGAGGGGAACUCAGUCUUCGAGUGGACGGAGUAUCAAGCGUGUACGUGUUCCGCCCCCUUGGAAGAGUGGUUGGAAUGAAAGCUUUGUGAGACAGAGGGAGUAUCCUGAGUGGAUUUGAGAUGAUGGGUAAUGGUAGAAUGUCCGGUCUUGGGUUCGGUUUGUCGAGUUACUCAGUUUCUUAGGUUCAGGGAGGCUCUUUUUCUGCAUUUUCGACAUAUUAAAGGACAUACCAUACAUCCAAGUGACUAUUAACG